AUGAUCAAUGCCAUCACAUCUGUUAGCGCCGGUGAAUUGGAAACUAGGAUUGAGCAACUAAUGCACAAUUAUCGGACCAGUGUGACGGACGUGCAUAUGGGAGGCUUCUUUACUAGUAAAAGAAACAAAGGAAACGAAGUUGAGCACACCAGCAGAAUGGUUGAUUCUUCCGUCUGGGACCAGGAAAUUGCUGUACCCGAAAGUGUGAUAACCUUUGUGGAUGAUAGUGUUUCGAAACAGCUCCCUGAGGGUUCAACCGUGGUCAGCAUCUUUUCACAUGGUGCCUCGUACUGGACCAGAACUGCCGAAAUUAAGACUACUAGUUCCACCGGAGAUGAGAUCUCAUUCUUUUUGAAAGUUGCGCAAGGAGACAUCGGCAAAGGGAUGCUCUAUGGAGAGUUCCAUUCCAUGACAGCCAUCCAUAACGCCAUGCCUAAUAUUGCCCCACAGCCAAUAGGGAAUGGAACCUACAAGAAGGAUUCUGAAACUCACUUUUUCCUCUGUCGCUUUCACGCCAUGAAGGGUCUUCCCAACGUUACAGAUUUCCCUGCUGCUGUGGCUCAACUACAUAAGAACGGGAUCUCUCCGAACGGGAAAUUCGGUUUCCCUGUAACAACAUACCAAGGAAGACUUCCACAAAAUACCACCGAGUGCGACAGAUGGGAAGAAUCUUUCUCGAACGGCAUUGAGCAGUUCUUUAAAGCCGAGGAAGAGGCUCAAGGUUUUGAUGAGGAGAUGGUUGCUCUUAGGAGAGCGAUCAUGGGAAAAGUAAUUCCACAACUGCUACGACCAUUAGAGGCGGAUGGAAACAAAAUCCAGACAUGUUUGGUUCAUGGAGACUUAUGGGAUGGGAAUACAUCGGUUGAUUCUAAGUCUAACAAGCCCCUGAUUUUCGAUGCGUGUUCAUCAUACGCGCAUCAUGAAUUGACACACGAAAUUGGAAAGUUGUAUGUGGCGGAGUAUCUUCAACAUUUUCCCCGGUCUGAGCCAGUAGCAGAUUUCGAUGAUCGGAAUGCAUUAUAUUGCGUGAGAUUCAAUCUAUGCUCAUCAGCUCUAUACCCGGGAAACCUUCGCUUUCGAAGGAUUGUGAAGCAGGAAAUGCGUGAUCUUGUAGAGAAGUUUCCACUGCGAUAUGAAGGCGAUAGCAAGACGUGA